AUGGUUGCUAUUCGCUCUUCUUCUCUCCGCGCUCUGCGCCAGAUUUCCCAGCAAUGUGUUGCUGUCCCAGCUGCUCGCCGCAGCCUGCACAUCACAGGUAUCCAGUCAGCUCAGCCUCUCAACUCUGCUGACGCUGCUUCCCUCUAUGGUGCCCGUACUCUCCCGGACCUGAAGUCCGAAUGCAUCAAGAGAUCCCUCGGUGCUACUGGCAGCAAGUCAGAGUUGGUCGAGCGCCUUUCCAACCACGAUCUCCUCCAGUCCCGGGCUUUCAGCAUUGCCAUGCGCAGUAUUAACAGCAAUGCCUUCUCCAGCCCUUCGUCCCGUCAGUUCAACACUUCCCGUGCUUCCAAAGCCGUCGGUGACUCUUCCACUGUCGACUUCAUAUACAUGCCCUCCUUCGCAGAGUUGGAAGCUGCCCCUGUCCGAUCUGCUCCCCAAAUUCCGGUCUUCCCCGACAUGUCCUCCCUGCACUCCACCUCAUCACCCGCCCCACCCAUGAAACCCCGGAUCUACACCGCCGCUGGUGCUAGUACUGUCUCUGCCGGCCCCUCGACGGAAGUCGUCGACAACUUCUCAGUGGAUAUCGACCCUCUUGCCGAGACUUUCGCUAAGUCAGAGCAACAGAGUGUGUCCACUUCUAGCCCUGAAACUGGCUUCGUGAAGGAGCUGUGGUCUGGAUUCUUGGACGAUGUCAUGGGUCCCAAACAGAGCCACGCUCGUCAUUAG